AUGAAUGAAGUUAAGUUUGCAAUGGAACGAAUAUGCCCCCUGCUUUUGCUGUUUGUAAAAUUGGUGUCAGUGACUGCACAAUUCAAUGGAUAUAACUGUGAUGCUAACUUACAUAGCAGGUUUCCUGUUCCAACAGGUUCUGGAAUAAAAAUAAGCAUAUCACAAUAUUAUUAUGCCAAAUCUUGGUCUUUGACUGUGGAGAAGCAACAAUGGAAUAAGAUCAAGGCUGACUUUCCAUGUUUCUAUAGCAUUAAUAUUAUACACAUUGAAUGGGGAGCACAUCCUGAUGCAGUAACCUCAGUUCCAGGUAUCAAUGUAUACGGCAAUGCAUCCACAGUCCAAAUAGGUAAUAUUUCAGGUUAUAUAGAUACCCCAGAUCCACCAACAAUCAUCAGCUAUUUACCAGGACUUCUGUAUAAAUUUAGCUGUAGCUAUCCUUUGGAAUAUCUAGUCAACAAUACACAACUUGCUUCGUCAUCAGCUGCAAUUUCUGUAAGAGAGAACAAUGGUACAUUUAUAAGCACAUUGAAUUUGCUCCUUUACAAUGACUCUACCUACAGCCAACAGCUGAUUAUACCUAAUACAGGAUUACCUUUGAAAACAAAAGUUUUUGCAGCUGUGAGAGCAACAAACCUGGAUGGAAGAUGGAAUGUUUUGAUGGAUUACUGCUACACUACUCCAUCUGGAAAUCCAAAUGACAAUUUGCGAUAUGAUCUCUUCUUUAGUUGUGACAAAGACCCUCAGACAACUAUAAUUGAAAAUGGAAAGAGUCAAAUGGGCCGAUUUUCUUUUGAGGUGUUCCGCUUUGUGAAACAUAAGAACCAGAAAAUGUCUGCGGUUUUUCUACAUUGUGUGACAAAGUUGUGCAGAGCUGAUGACUGCCCUUUUCUUGUUCCAACCUGCAGUAAUAGAAAAAAAAGAGAUGUGGUAAAGCGAACCACUUGGACACCUCAGAGCAUUUCUGGAAGUGCAGUAAUAUCUGCUGGCCCCAUAAUUACUAGAACUGAGGAGAUCCCAACUAACAAUUCACAGCUUGGAAAUCCAAAUGGAUCCUCUUUCCAGCUGAAUUCAGUCACCAGUGCAUUGAUUUCAGGAAUAGUAAUUCUAGGAAUUAUCAGCACCAUUUCUUGUGUACUGUCCCUUCUCCUUUUCUACAGAAAAGGACACAGCAGUAACCUUAUUUUGAGUGGUGUAAGAAAUCCAGUUUUCAACUAG